GGACGCCUUGGGGGGAGGAGCGCCGCUGAGGGAGGGGGCUGCUGGUGGUGGAUGUGAAGGAGGAAGCACAACAUUCCGGGGGUUGGUAUAGGGCCGAGUGUGGCUUAUGAGUGGGCGGCGGUCUUCAGUACCCAGUGUUGAUGCCAUCGCUAGUUUAAGGAGGGCCUCGGGACUCUGCCCAGCCUAGGUAGAAUCUUUAGGAAGUUUGGAAUAUGAUGAAGUAACUGAUAUCUCUGAGGACUCUCAACCAUUGCAGCUUGCUUCAUACAACAGGCUUGGACAGGGUGAGAGUGCAAAACCAACUCCACUACUUGUUGCACUUCCUGGCCACAUCUUGGAGAGAAAUCUUUCAUCAUUUCAUCAAGAAUCAUAUAAGAAGAUAUUUGCAUCAUCAAGUGCUCCUGCUGUUGCACAUAAAGUAACAAUGGCUACAGAGGAAAAUAAUGAAUUUGACUCAGAAUUGAAAUCAAAUGUGGGCGAGACCAUUCCCUCAGCAUUUCAAGAUGGUCACUCACAGCCUCCUUCUACUAGUCUUGGUGAUAGUGGAGGAGUGAUGGGAGAGACAGGGGAGGAGGGAGCUAUGGAUGAAUUAUUGGAGAAUGCCGAUGAUUUUCCUCCAGGUCCCUCCCAUGCUCCUCCUCCCCCUCAUCUUGCUCCUACCUCCCCCCUUCCACAAGACCAUCCACGCUACCAUAUGGGGGGAUCUCAAGGUGAUGAAACAGAUGAUGACGGCAUGGCAGAAGCAGCUGAAUUAGGUGAAUUAGGGGGAAUGACGGGCCCUGGACAACCAAAGCCUCUUGCCCAUCCACCAGGAAUGCCGGGUAGAGGAGAUGAUGACGAUGAGGAGGAGGAGGAUGAUGAUGACGAGGAUGAUGAUGGUCAGGCUCCAGCUCCUGAAGGGGCCUAUGAUCCAGCAGAUUAUGAACACCUCAGUGUCAGCCCAGACAUUUCAGAAUUAUUUUCCUAUAUCACACGUUACACGCCUCAGGGUAUUGAACUGGAGCACCGCCUCAGGCCCUACAUUCCUGAUUACAUCCCUGCUGUGGGUGACAUUGAUGCCUUCAUUAAGAUCCCACCGCCAGAUGGAAAUUCAAGCCUUGUUGGUCUUGAAGUAUUAGAUGAGCCGAGUGCACGUCAGAGUGAUGCUACUGUUUUAGAUCUUCAGCUUCGUGCUUUGGCAAAACACACAACUGCCAAGACCACGUCGGUGAAAACAGUUGAAAAUGCAGAAAAGAAUGCAAAGGUUGUGGAGAAGUGGGUGAGGGAUAUUAGUGAACUGCACAGAACCAAACCUCCUCCAACUGUCCACUACAGCAAACGUAUGCCAGAUAUUGACUCUCUGAUGCAGGAAUGGCCCGGGGAAGUUGAAGAACUUUUAAAAGAAAUAAAUUUACCAACAGCUGCCUUGCAGCUAGAACUUUCUGCAUACGUUGAUAUUAUUUGUGCUACCUUGGAUAUUCCAGUAUACAAGAGCAGAAUCCAAUCUUUACAUGUACUGUUCACACUUUACUCGGUUUUCAAAAAUUCUGCACACUUCCGACAGUUGGCUGAAGAAAAUUAUAUGGAAAAUGAUGAGUCGGCAGCUGAUCGUUUGGUUAUCCAGUAGAAUUGUUUGAAGAGCCAUCUGUACUGAAGAUCUGUAUAUCCAGCAGAAUUAUUGAUACUACAGUAUCCACUCAAUUUAACGGCCUAUAUGGGGCUGUACCCUGGUCGUUAUUUCCGGAGUUCUGGUAUUUCCGAAGUUAAGAUGUCGGUAAUUUUUCAAGUAACAUUCAGGUAGUUGUCUC